AUGGAUAGAAAUCAUCUCGCCGACUCUCGUACAGCAGUCGACAGUUUAUUCCUAUCAAAACACGAAGGGGGCUCAGCAUGGAAGGACAGCCCGGAGAGGACGAGGACCAAUUGUACAAUUGAGGCUGACCAUCCUGGCUUGAACAGCCCGAUGUGGUUGGUUCCUGCUUAUUCCGAUACACACCUGCGCAAUGAGAAGGUGCUGGCGCCUGGCGAGAACAACAGAAUGAAAGGGCAGUGCAAGAAACAAAGCAAGAGGGAAAUCGCUUUCUUCAUCUUGCAUUUCCACUUUCUCUCAAAAUCCGACCUCGCCACAUUAAAUUACAUUAUCAUCAGGCACGACGGCAAAUGGUAUCCGCUCCCUCCGCCAGGGGCGCGCAAAGGGCAGGAAGUGGAAUCCAUCAGCGACACCGCAUCCAAGGCAGGCAAGGCACGGCGCCGAGUUCUUCUCUCGUUCGAUGAGCUGCCGGAAUGGUACCGACGUGAAUGGAUUCUCCGUGACUAUCGGCCCAUCUCAGGCUCGGCUCACGCUUCAUUCUUCAGUUGGUCGUAUAUCCACAACGAGUCGGUCAACAUCUAUUCCCACGCCAUCCCGGCUAUUUUCUUCCUACUCGGCGAGUGGUAUAUCCAGCAGUACCUUGCCAGCAGAUACUCCGGGGUCACUGGCGCCGAUUUCAUUGCUUUCUCCGUCUUCAUGUUGGCGGCCGUCACGUGCCUGUCGUUGUCGGCGACGUACCACACCUUGAUGAACCACUCCCGACAGGUGGCACAUUUCUGCCUGCGACUGGACAUGCUGGGUGUAGUGAUCUUCAUACUAGGAGACCUUAUCUUAGGAAUAUACAUAGUUUUCUGGUGUGAACCUUUGCCGCGCAAUAUCUACUGGUUUCUGAUUGGAGUUGUCGGGACGUUGACCAUCUUCGUGACAAUGCAUCCCAAGUUCCAGGGCCCAAAAUUUCGCCUCUUCCGAGCAUUGAUGUUCGUGGCAACUGGCUUGUCCGGUGUGGCGCCCUUGAUCCACGGACUCAAUGUGUUCGGCAUGUCGCAGAUGAUGAGAAAAGCUUUUCCUUAUACUCUGGCAAAAGCAGGCUGCCUUCUAUCUGGGACUUCGUUUUAUGCAACCAGGUUUCCGGAAAGUCGAUAUCCCGGCGAAUUCGACCUAUGGGGCUCCCAUUCACUCUUUCACAUCCUGGUGGUAUGCGCCGCUGUGGUCCAAUUGAUGGGGUACCUGGAUGCCUUCGACUAUGCUCACGCAAAUCUUACUUGCUCGUCUCUUUGA